AUGGUGGUCCUGCUAGUGCUUAUACGGGCAGCAUCUGGGGAGGCUGACCACCACGUCGCUGUCGAAUCGUCUGUUCUACUCGGACUGGUUGCUAUCGCUGUGUUACUGCAAGUGGUGCGAUGGUGUGGAAUGAGGUACUUGAAGGAUUAUACUAAUCAGCUGUCUCCAUCCCGAAAUGGACAGCCUUUCGAUUUCGAGAUUGGAUUCGAUGCUCCUGAUGGUGCGGAUGGUUGGACGAUGACUGAAGAAGUGGACGAGUUUGCUCUCCCUCCUGCUGAUAUGCAGGAAGUACUUGCUUGCCAUGCUGCGCAGGGAAGGACUGCCGCGGGGUUGGAGGCCCCUGGUCGACCAAGUACUCCCGCUGAGCCAGAUUGGUAUCAAGGUUACGGUACUUUACUCGCCAUUGUUAUACCGGCCGUAUUGGGAGAUAUAUUUGUAGCCCCGGCGUUCGGGUGGGGGAAUGGUGUGCCGUUUGUCAUACUACAAAUUGUGACUCUAUGUUUGCUAAUGAUUACAAUAUACUCUGACCCUGGUAUUAUACCACGACUUGAGCAUCACGCGGAAUACUACGACUCUGUGAUAGACGAGCAUCGGACGAGACCACCGCCACGGUUUCAGGACUGCACUGUGAGCUGUCACCCAUUUCGACUAAAAUACUGCACGACUUGUCACAUUUAUCGUCCUCCUAGGACGACUCAUUGUUCAGUGUGUAACGUUUGUAUACAGCGUUUUGAUCAUCACUGUCCCUGGGUGGGAAACUGCAUCGCCGACGGCAACUAUGGAGUCUUCUACGUUUUCUUACUUUGCACUACAGUUCUGACAUUAUGGGCGUUAGCCCUCACGAUAGUGCAGUACGUAGAUCUCUCCGCAGAGAAUGACCAAGGCUUUGGAAAUGCGAUAGCUGAGUCUCCGGUUACACUGAUAAUCCUCAUUUACUGCGGUCUCUUCAUGUGGUUUGUCCUUGGCCUCACUGGCUACCACACUUACCUACUCCUUACAGCACAAACAACGUAUGAGCAAAUCAAAGGUGUAUACUCCUCGGAACAUGGCUGUAUUGACAACCCCUAUUACCGAGGCUCAGCAGGGAAUGUAAAACAUAGUAUAUUCAAGUGGCGGCGUCGGAGAGGUUCCAAAUUCGACAGAAGGUCGGGCACUGUGAUCCCCCCGAGAAAUCUCCCUCGAAUCGGCUCUCUGAAGCCGCGUACACGACGUUGGUCUUCUAACUUCAGAGGGGAUGGGAAACCUCUGCUGCCUGAUACAUCGCGGCAUCGAGUUACAGGAAGUGGCGGAGGCGUGAGUAGCGUUGAGAGCGUGGAUAACAGCGCCGCCCGUGCUGCCAUACCACACCUAGGCGAAGAUGAUUCCGAAUGGGGUUAUCAGAUACCGCCUGGUGAUGGCCUUGUGAGUCCAUCCGACGUGAACAUUGACCUAACCGAGCAAAUGUCCUCGAAGAUUAACUCCCUCGCUUCUGUGUCACUACCAACAAACCGGACUAUCACCGCUCUAUAGGUGUAUUUGUGACGCUGAGUAUCUGAGGACAGUUGAAGGACGAGACUUUUUGAUAGUCUUCUGAGGUUUGAAAACUAGCGCUAAUAUUUGAUGAUA